AUGCUUAGCCAUUCUACAAAAGAUCCAUUUCGUGAAUAUUCGCAAAGGCUCAUGAAAAAGAAAAAAAAAAAACCUGAACAAGUCAGAAAAUAUGAAAAAGUCAGAAAAUAUGAACAAUUCAGGAAAAAAAAGAAAAAAAAAAUAUAUAUACACAACAUAACAAAUGUUUUUAUAGAACCACAUAAAAUGUUAGAGAAAUUAAAAGGGAUCAUGAAGAAAAAGUGUUUCUUUGUUUUAUCUCAUAAUGUAGAUAAAAAGAAUGAAGAAAUGUUGAGAAAUUCAAAAAAUGAAAUAAAAUUUAUAUACGAAAACUUUCUAGAAAAUGAGGAUGAAAUAAUAAGUAAAUCUAGUAAUAAAUUUUUAGAUACAUGCAACCAUGGACAAAUAAAACCAUGCUCUUUAAAAAAAUGUUAUAAUAAGGAUGAUGUAAAAGUAAAUUCCUUAAAUGAUAUGGAAACUCAAUUAAAGUUAAAAGUGUUAGACAAAAAUGUAGAAGAUAAUGAAAAUAUAGAAAAUAAAAAACUUAUGGACGAAUCAAAAAUAGAAAUAUUAAAAAAUAUGUCUUAUAAAGAAAAUAAUAUAUCUUCAAGUAUAAAAAAAAAAGAGAAUGAUUACAGUGCAACUAAUGAAACUUAUGAAAAUUUUUUAGUAAAAAAUAAUUAUAUGAGACAAAAUAAAAAUAUUCAUAUGAAAUGGAUAAGAGAAAAAAAAGAAGAAGAAUCUUCUGAAAAAAUAAAUUAUAUGAAAUCAAAUAAUUUUGUUUUAAAUAAUAAUAAGAUAAAAAUAAAUUUUGACAAAACAAAAGUUAAGUUUGUACAUUUAAAAAGUCCAACCAUAAAAUUAGUAAAUCCACAUAAACAUAAAAAUAUAAAAGAAAAUAUAUACUUAAAGAAUAUUUAUGAUUUGAAAAAUGAAAAGACAAAAAAUAUAUUCACAAAUUUUAUAAGAAAAGAAAAUAAAAAUGAAGAGAUAAAAGAACAGGAACCAAAUAAUUUUAAGAAGAAGAUGUUAAAUAAUACUAUUAAAAGGAAAAUUAUAUUUUCAAAUAUUUAUAAAAAUUAUUUGAUACAUAAAUAUAAAUCUAGCAAUGAAUUUUUAAAUAAAAAUAGAUUUAAUUCGAAAGGAUUUAUUAUGAACCAAUUUCUUAAUAUAAAUUCGUUGACAGAAAAGGAUACAAAUACAGAUAAUAUAAAAUUACAAGAAAAUGACAAUACAAAUAAUAUAAUAGAUAGUAAAAAUAUUAGAAAUAUAAAUACAUCUAAUAGUAAUAGUAAUAGUAAUAUAAACAAUGUGAUAAAGAAAAAUAUAUUUCAUCGGAGUGAAUAUAAUAGAAAUGUUAUAAAUACAAAUAUUUGUAAUAGAAAAAAGUUGAAAACAACAUAUUUAAAUUUUUUACCUAAAGAAAAGAAAGGAUAUUUGAAUUUUUUUUUACAUGAUAUAUAUCGUCUUGAUAGAACAUUUAAAUUAAGAAAAAAAAAUAAAAUAUAUAGAAAAGAUAGAAUAGUAAAAUUAUUUGUAGAUAAUGAUAAUGUAUAUAUUAAAGAUUUUAAAAUAUAUCAAAAUGAAGAAAGAUAUAAAAAUGUUUUAUCAAAUAUAAAGAAUAUACAAAUAAUGAAAAGAGAUAUAUUAAGUUUGCCAGAUAAUCCAUUACAUUUAUAUGAACUUGAAAAUUAUAAAUGUAAAACAAAUACAAGUAUAUAUAUACCAGCUCUAAAAAUAGAGAUUGAAGAUAUGAAUCUUUUUAAAUACAAAAAUACAUGGUAUGAACUCUUUUUUUAUAAUAAUCAAAAUAAUAAAGAUACUUUAUAUAAUUAUCAAAUAAUGCGUCUAAAUUUUGAACUGAUGGUUUCUAAAAUAAAAGACAUUGUUAUUAUUGAUAAGAAUACUCAACAUUUUAAUUAUCCAUAUAUUUAUAAUGCAUAUUUAGUACCACCUAUAGAUGUGCACCAACUAGAUAAUUCUUUAAGAAUACAAAAAAUAACUAGCGAUAGUACCUUUAUAAAUAAUGGUAACUGGACAUUUUUUAGAAAAAAAAAAAAAAAAAGAAAUAGUUAUGAUAUAAAUAUGAGAAGAAAUAAAUAUUAUAUAGAUAAUUGUUCUACUAUCAAAGCUGUUAAGAAAAAUUUCCAUCUACAUUUAAAAAAUGAUAUAGAUUUUACCUAUAAAUUAAAAGAAAAUGAAAAGAAAUAUAAUCAUAAUAAUGUAUGUAAUAAUAAAAGUAAUACAUUAACUAUUGAUAAAAAAAAUAAACAAAAUGAUGAUAAUUAUAUGAACUUCUUUGAAAAUAAAAAUGAAAGUAUAUCAAAUCAAAAUAUAUUAAAUGAAAAACCAAAUGUUGUUAAUAUAUAUAAUAAUAUAAUUCAUAAAUCAAAUGAACUUUAUAAAAAUACAGUUUCCAUAAAAUUAAUACCAAAUUAUAUAUUUGAAUCAAAUGUAGAUAUAAAGAACUCACAUGAAAUAUUAGACAAUAAAAAUGAUGUUUCUAUAUUUUAUAAACAAAAUAAAAAUAUUUCUUUUUAUGAUGAUAUUAUAUAUGAUUGUUCAUCUAUAUAUAUGACAUUUAGUAAUAGUAAAUUAGAGCCCUUUUAUCCUUAUAUUAGUAAUAACCUUUUUUUUCUUUUUCAAUAUUAUUAUAAUUAUUUAAUAAAUAUCAUUAAGCAGGUUAAUAUAAAUAAAAUAAAAUACAAAUCUAUUUUAUCAAAAGGGAAAUAUUUAUCCUAUGGUAAUAAAAAUGUGGAAACAAAUAAAAAAAUGGGAACAAAUAAAAAAAUGGGAACAAAUAUAAAUGUUGAAACAAAUAAAAAUGUGGAAACAAAUAAAAAUGUCGAAACAAAUAAAUAUAUGGAAAAUCAUAAAAACCUUUUUUAUAAUAAUAAAAAUAAAAUUCUGAAGAAUAUAAAAGAGGGUACAGUAAAUAAAUUCAUGUAUAUAAAAAGAAAUCGUGCUUUGACAUAUAAUAUAUAUAAACAUAAACUUAUAGAAAAUACAAGUUAUUUAACUAGGAAUAAAAACAGCUUUUUUAAAAUACCUAGAAAAACCCAAAUACAUAAUUUUAAAAUAAGGAAUUUCUUAAAUUGUAAACUGUAUAAUUCUAUUUUUGAUACAAUAAGAGAAAAAAAUAGAAGCAAAAUAAAAAAGGAGCUGUCUAAAGAAGAAGUAGAUGUACCAAUUUUUUUAUGGGUUAUUUUUGGAGGAAAAGAUAUGAAGUCAAUGGAUUCUUUAAAUAUUGUCUAUAAAGUAUUGAGAUAUGCAACUGAAAUUCCUCCAGAUGAAUAUCAAAAAUAUAUAAGAAGAUUAAAAAGAAUUCAAAUAAAUAAAAGUGCAAAUGGGAAAGUACAAAAAGAUUUUCCUAUUAAUAAUAAGUUCGAGAAAGUAAAACAAGAAAAGGAAAGAAUCAAAUAUAAAUAUGAAAAUAAAAAUUUGAUAAAACCAAAUGUAAUAAAUAAAUAUAUAACAAAUAAAAAUCAAACAUAUUAUGCUUCUCAAAAAUUUCAUGAGUUGCCAAAAGAACUAUUUUAUGAUGCCAAUUUAUAUAAUACAUCUAUAGAAAUUUACAAAAGAAUUUUAGAAUAUUAUGAUAAUUAUAAAGAAAAAUAUAAAGAAUAUGGACCAAACAAUUAUGAUGAAUUUCUUCAGUAUUAUAAGAAUAUAAAAAAAAAUAAUUACUAUGAUAAUAUGUAUAUUCAUACACCUAAUGUUAGGACACACAUACAAAAUAGGAGGAGAACUCUUAAUGAAUUCGAUGAAGAAAAAAAUAAGAAAAAAUCUUUUAAAAAAUACACUAGAUGUGUCAAAUUUGCACAGGUGAAUUCAAACAAUAAAAAUAAUUAUGUGGAUAAUACAUUAAAAAUAAGUGAAACCACAAGUUUUAUUAACAAAGAAAAGGGUAUGUUGGAAGAAAUAAAUGAACAAAAUAUAUGUCAAAAUGUAUGUCAAAAUGCAUGUCAAAAUGUAUGUCAAAAUGUAUGUCAAAAUGCAUGUCAAAAUGUAUGUCAAAAUAUAUGUGAAGAAAAAAAUGAGGGACAGAUUGAAGACAUAUGUGAUGAGACACAUGAAGGGACCAAUAACCAAACAGACCAAGAAACACAUAAAAAGAUUUAUAACAAAAUAUAUGAUGAAACAUACAAUAUAUUUAGUGCACAAAAAAAUAAAGCAGACUCAGAAUGGUAUGGUUUAUACAUGGAACCAAGUGAUAGUGAAAAUAGCGAUGUAAACAAAGAUGAUGAACUUUUCAAUUUUAUAUCUUAUCAUAUGCAGGGAAGAAAUCCCUCUUUUGAAAAAAAAAAUAAAAAAAAUAAAAACUGGAAUAAGGAUAAAUUAAAUUAUACAGAUAUAUAUGGUCCAGUUAUUUAUAAAAAGAAAAGGAAAAAUCAAAAUGCUCAAUAUGCAUUUUUAUUGUUAGAUUAUCCUGCAUAUAAUAAUAGUAUAGGUCAUCCGUCUCCUUUAACAUUCAAAACAAGUGCUAUAUCAGCUUUAAAAGUUGCCAUAAAAGAAAUUAAGGAAAAGAAUAAAAACAAUAAUAAUAUAUCAAUAAAUAUAUUUGGUUAUUCUUUAGGUUGUUGUGUUACUUUACAAUUAGUUUUAGAUAUUGCUAAAAGUUUGUAUAACGAUUUUUUUGAAGAUAUUAAUAAGGUGUGUUAUGAAGGAAAAGAAAUCGAGCCAAUUAAAGAGAUAAAGAGUGAAGGUAAUUUAUAUGUAAAAUUAAAUCAUAAUAAUAACAAUAAUGAUGAAAAAAUAAAUGAAUAUGUAUAUGAUGAAAAGAAAAUAUUGACAUUUCAAGAUAUAUUAGGUGAUCAGAUAAAUUGUUCAUCCUCUAGUAUUAUGAAAGAAUAUAUUUUAAAUCGUAAAACAUAUAAUAAUAAUAAUGAAAAAAAAAACAUAAAUGAACAAGAUAAAAAGAGAGAUGAUUUUUCUGAUAAUAUUUUAUGUCCUAUAAAAGCUAAUGAUUAUUCUGAUAAAAAUAUAAUUACAAAAAAAAAUACAGAUGACAAUUAUAUAAAUUUUGAUAAUAUAAAAGAAAGGAAUUACCAUAUGGAUAAAAAAAUUACAAUAAAUGAAUUAUUAAAUAAAGUAAGAGAAAGAAAGAAAAGAAAAGACGAAAUAUUAAAAGAAUAUUUAAAAAUUACUGUUGACAAAGUUAUAUUGAUUGCUCCAUUUACUAAUACACAACAACUAGUAAAAAGUGUUGUUAAUAAUAGUGUCCUAUUUUUAUUAAGCUCCUUUAUUAUGAACAAAAAAUGUUCUUAUGUUCAUUGGGAUAAUAUGAUUGUAUUAAAAGAAUUGUUUAAAAUAAUUAAUGAUUUUAAAAAGAAUAAAUAUUUAAAUGAUAUCUUUUAUAAUUUACAAAUUGAUUUUAUACAUGGACAAAAAGAUACUCUUGUAAAUUAUGAAAUGAGUAUGAAAUUAUAUCAUUUAACAAAUAAACUCAUUUUAAAAUAUUCUCUAAAUAAUAUCAAAGCUUUUUUACAUAUAUUCAAAGAUGAUUGUCAUUCUUCUGUUUUUAAUUCUGAAGCAGAAAAUAAAAUCUUACAAAUCAUGUUUAAACCAUUGAAAUUACAUCCUUUCAGUACAAUCAACGUACAUAAAAUACAUUAUAAUCUUUACAAAGAUAUUUAUUUGUUAAAGACAACCUAUUUAAGAUUUAUAGCUAGCGCUAGCUCAAAAAUUAUAAAUAGCUAG